AAGGUUUUUCAUUGUCUGAUAACAUAUUUUCUUUACCCUUAUACAUUUAUAUACAGGUUUUCUUUGUUUUAUAUAGAAGAGUUGAUGGAUGCUAAACUGAGUUAUAAUAUAAUGUUUUAUAAAGGUGCCUCUGCUAUUGUUUGGUGUUAUUUUCACUUUGAAAGCAGUUGCCAGGUGAUCACUUUGCAUUUUACAUCAUCUCUAAGUGAUGAACCUUAGGACUAGUUUGUUUCUUGAAACAUUGCUGUUGGUAUUGCAUUACCAAAAAUACAACACAGCUUUAUAUAUUACAGUCAUUAAAAGUACCUGAGAAUACUGCAGAGAGAUACAAAUUGAAAUGUUGAUGUUUAAUAGUGUCUUACCUAUAAUCUGUUGCAUUGACUAUUUUGAUGAUUAUAGCAGUUGUUCAGGUAGAGUAGCCGGUCUAUUAAUCAGAAAAAAGUAGUCCACUGUAGUAAAUAUUUUUUAAUUGUUAGAAAAUGAAUGAGAAAAAGUUUUCUUGAAAAAAGAAAUGUAUGUUGAAUAGGUACAUGGAGAGCAGAGAAAAAAACAGUCAAAACUGAUGCAGCAGUACUGUUAAUCUUAACCAAUUAUAACAAGUUCUUUGUGAAAUAUCAAACGUGCACUACGAUAUUUGCAAAAUCAACCAGUGAAGGAAUUCUCAUCAAAUCAAUCUUACACUGUAUUUACAAUAACAUCAAAAGUUAAAAGUCUUCAAAUCAACCUAAUAAAUCAGACUUAAUUAAUAACUUUCCAUGGUUCAUCAUUUUUAUUGUUUUGAAAUAAUAAAGAAUAAAUUCAUUGUGUAACGACUUUAGAUGACAGCUCUAAAUGCCUUGUUAAAAAACUAAACAAAACACCAUUAGUAAGAUUACAUUUCAAAAUAAGUUGGUACUUAAAUGUCAACAGAGACUUAACCAAGACUGUUCAUUUAUAGGAAAGCCACAGAGUAAAGAAAAACAUGGGAAAGUUUAAUAUUUUAAAAUCCUUUUAAAAUGUGAUUCUUAAACAGUUUUAAUGCAGUGUCAGUUCACAGAUGUAUGGCUGAGAAGCUUUUGAUUCAUAACAGUAGAUUAAAAAAGUCUAUAUUUGUUGAUGAAAAUAGACUUUGUACACAAUAAUAAUACAUAACCUGACCUUGUCUGCUCUAAUUUUCCUUCUUCUAUUUGAAACUCCUCAUAAACUUUCAGCUUGUCUUAAAAACAAUAACUUUAUGAUAGAAAGUCCUGUCUAUGCUUCAUCAACAUGGCCCUCCUCCUGAAUGAAAAUGACAUUUAAAACAAUUACUUGGGUAGAAACCAGCUGCCAAUCACUCUUAAAGGGGAAGGAUUCCAAUUAAUAACCUCCUCCUAAUCCCCUUGUUUCACCUCCUACGCCCCCCUCAGCUCUGUCCACCUCUCCCUCUCUUGUCUUCCUCCACUUCCACUCUCCUCUCUGAGCCUGAGUGCAUGGCGGCUGGUCUGUGUUUAUGAACGCUCCCUGAACCGGGUUUCUGUAUUUUAUUUGGAUUUUGUUGGAGAGUUUUUCUGACUUUUUCUGUAAGGAGCAUUUUCUACACAGAGACAUCAUUCAGACAGCGAUGAGAGAACAACAGAGCAGGUUGAAUGACUGCGAGCAGGGCACACAGCGGUGCUGGGAAGAGUGAAGUUUAGAAGAACAGGUGGAGCACUGGCAUCAGCAACUUUUACACUUCAACAUAUAACCUCCAAAAGGUGAGGAGCUUAAAUAUUGUCUUCUUGUAAGGUUCUCAUACUUGAAGUGACUCUGAUCUUCAAAUAUGCCACUUAUCAGGCAAAUGAAGAUGUGUCAGUUCAAAAAGACCAUAAGACCAAAAAGCUGUGACACUCACAAGUAUUAUAGAUCUCUGAUGUAAAUCUUGUUCUUUUACGUGUCUGCAGAUGCACAAAAAGUAUCUAAUAGUAUGUGUUAUUUAUUAUUGAUUAAGGACAGCAAAUAUUUAUUAAUGUCAGUGUGCUCGAUGAUUUGAGCUGCUUUCCAAAAAUCUGCUCACUUCUUUUGCUGAUGAUUCUUAGAAAUCAAUCUUUAACUUUACCCAAAAGUUUAGCAAUCGAGGAAUGAUUUUCUAGAUAAAAAGAGUCACAAAAAGCAGACAUUCUGGUUGUUGUCCACUGUUGAGUUCAUUUUGACUCAAAUAAAAAACAUUACUUUUCAUAAUUUCAUCCAUAUUUUCACUCCGGUUUGAAGACUUUGGCUCAGACUUGUGAGUGUAAAUGAAAGUUUUCAUUUGUAAUGUCAGAGUCACUGAAACACAGGAGACUGGCUGUUGAAGGAUUUUGUUUGAAAAUACAUGAAAAAAAAAACACUUUGUCAAACUCUGUAAGUACUGCAGCUUUCCAAGUGUGAGGGAUCGACCCUAGACUCCCUGUGUCUCUUCAGAAGAUAAGCUGGUUUAGACGAACAGAGACAUCAGGACAAUCAUCCCAGGUCCUCGGGUGAUCUCUGACCUGUCUUGCACCUUUAGUCCUCCACUUAAAACCUUUACUCGUCUCCCCUCUGGUUCCCCAGUGCCAGGACGCUCGAAUGCAUUUAUCACUGGAUACCAUGAGCAUGGUGGACGACAGCUGCCUCUCACCCAGCAACUUCCACGAGAUGGGGAAAGGUGGGGGCAUCGCUGCAGGGGGCCGCGUCCACAGCAUUGAUGUUAUACUAGGCUUCAGCAAAGACCAGGAACCCCUGCUCAGCCCUGCUGGGGCCCAGCGGCCCCACAAAGUGGAUAUGGAGGGCCUGGCAGAGCCUGGGAAGCAGCAAGAGCCCUCAUCACACCCAACCUACAGCGGGCACCUCUCCUCUCUGAGAAACGGAGGCACAGAGCAGCAGCAGCAGCAGCCACAGCAGCAGUAUCAUGGUGAGUGGAGCUGCUGAUGCUGGGGAUGCUGGUCUCCAGUUUGAAAACACUUUUCUUAACUAAAAAGUGCUCAAACUCAGGCUUCUUUUCCGAUUUAGAAAGAGUUUGUUUUGAACCCUCUGAUCAUGCAACAAAGUUUUUGAAUAGUUGUAGCUACAGCAGCUCAGUUUCAGUGUUUGAAACAGUCAAACCGCAGAGGAAAGAACUGAUUUUGCUGCACAGAAGUUUGUUUAGUGGUGCUUUUGAAAACAUACGUAAAAGCUGAAUUGAUUUAAAAAAUCAGGCUACCAAACAGUUGCAGUUUGGUCAAAACUAAAACGUAUUUGAGGGCCAAAAUACAUUUUUUUAAGUCUAAAAUGGCCAAGCGUGAAGUUUUUCAUUUGGAAACACACCAUAGAUUGUGUAUGAAAGGCACCAAAUGCACUAAAAAGACACACUUUGAAAAGUUUUUCAAAGUUUUAGGCAAAAAAAAACAAAAAAACACUCAAUAAUACAAAGAACCACCACUAAAGCAAAAGCUUUGUUUCAUUCUUUGCAUGUUAACAAAUCUGCACUGUUGAAAUAUUGAGACUACAAAGGGAUGACCAACAGAACAUCAUUUUGGUUCAACAUCACCUGAUCUCAAACUAGAAUUGUGAAUAAAGCAUUGAAAUCACACGCUCUCAUACUGGAGUGAAAGAAAAUAACACCAGAAAUCUGUAUCAUCUGAAAUGACACAGCUGGCGUACCAGAGGAUCAUAUGUUUUGCUGCCCUGUUCCCAGUUAACAGUGCUGCCAUGUAGAGCCACCUACAUUAACAGAGUGGGCUGAGAUUGAAAGAUAAAUCACAGAACAAGAUGGUGCAGGGGCUUUAUGUCCCCAAGCCCAAUCCCAUCCCCUUGUGGAAUUCCCCUAAUCUUCUAUUCUGUGCAGAUUAGAUUUUACAGUAGUUCAUUCAGUUAUUGUUAUUGUCCCCCGUCUUAGAAUCAAAUUUAUCACGUUUAAUCUGAAGCUAUUUUUGCAUGUAGGAUCAGGCAGGUGGUUGAUGAUUUUGUUUUGAGGCAGAAACAAAUAAAAAUGACAUUUCCCUAAAGUGGAGAUGAAGAGAGGUCCGGUUUGAGGCUCAGAUUCAGAUGUUGGAUCCAGGGGGGUUGUUAGUUUCCUUUGAUUAACGUACAUCAACACUAAUGACAUCACUCCAUUGUGUGUAACUAUCCUGUGAAGUCAGCCCAGUUUCCUCCUGAAUGAGCAACUUUUCUGUGUUUGGUGUCAGUCAACCCCCCCCCCCCUCCCUCUCUGCGCUGAGACGUUCUGCCGGCUGAUAAACAGUGGGCAGCCUUCAGACCAGCGGCUGUGAUGGUCUGACAGGCCGAGAGCUGGUCACUGAACCAGACCUGACCUCUGCCUUUGUCUGAGCCUGGCCUUUGUCAUAGCUGCUUAAUGAGUGGUGGAUAAAUGAACCCGUAAAAACCCUGCGCUGCCUUUGCUUCUGCUCCUGUUCGUCAGUUAAAAGACCACAGUGACCUCCUCCUCCAUCUCCGUCAACACGUCUCCGUCACAGACACAAGCCUGCUCAAACAUUUUUAUAGUUGUUUAUUGAAGUUGACGGUAGUUAGCAUGCAACACGUAUGACAACUGGGAGUUAAAAACACAUUGAGCAAUAUUUUAAAACUGCUUUUAUCAUAAUUAUUCAUGCUUUUUAUAGAUAGGACAGAUAAGGAGAGACAGGAGAUGUUAGGAGCAGAGAUUAGAGGAUACAGAAGCUGGAGUCAAACCUGGACAAGAGUCUUUGUAGCUGAGGUGCAUACUUAAACCGCUGAGCCAAAUCAGCACCCAAGUGUUUUAUAGAUUUGUACAAAUUUAUAUAUGACAUAAAUUCAUUUAUUUCAUGUAUUAUACAUGAUAAGCUAUAUUGAACUAUAAUAGUAAAAAGAUGGGUUGGGUCACAGUGAUGACUCUGCAGUAGCUUAAUAGGUAUUUCCCUGAAAUGAAGUUGCAGACCAAAACAAAGUUAAAUCAAAUCAAGUUUGAUGUGAAAUUGACUAGAAAGUGUAAAAAAGUGACUCCUAACAAUAGCUAAAGAUGUCCUGUGGUUGCAUUUGCUGUUCUCUAAAUACUCUUCAAAAGAAUAAUGUGGCAAAGGUUUUAUUUUAUCCCUCCAUCCUGAGUCAGUUUGGCUGCAUCUGCGAUAACAUUUUGACACUCUAAAUGACUGCUGUUUCAAUAUGCAACAGAUGUCCUCAUGUUGAUGCUCGUAUAUAAGCUUCAGAGAACACGCUUUAUUUCCUUAUGCUGAAUUUUUUAUUUCAACUUCUUAUUGCAAGAUAAAAUGAUACUUUUUAUAAUUUACAGCCAUAAGAAAAUGAGAAAAUGAUGAAAACUUUGUCUGCAUCCCCAAAUUUUGGGGCCUGAUGAUUGUCUCUCUGCUUUGAUGCCAAAUUUAACUUCUUACAUGAAAUAUAAACCAUAAAUAAGUGUUUACAGUCAUUUUCUUCGAUCGACGAAGUACACCAGACAACCUGAAUGAUUGUGAAUGAUAAAUAAUAGACAUCAAGUAUUUUAGAGGAGCUGCUUUCCAGGAUCGGAUUGAUUUUUAUUCUUUGCGUGUUUGAUAACCUGCAGGUCAAACUAAUGAACCACAAGUCUCUUCUGGAUUAUAUCUUAGAGUACACUCCUCUUUCCGCCUUUUUUCUUCUGUGAUUUACAGUAGUGAUGGAAGUGGUACACAAACAAGGAGGAAGUGGUUGAUUAGGGGUGACUGUUGUUGAAUCCUCCUUGUCACUGGCUGGUUUUGUUGUUUUUGUUGACAGGAUGUAGAUAUUCUUAAUGUUUCAGGUGGAUACUGCGGUAACAGUAGCUACUGUUACAGGAAAAAAAAAAUAUUUUGAUGGGAUUAAAAGUUCAGAAAGUAAAAAAAGAGGAAACACUCAUGUUUCCAAACAUCUUUUUGAGAGCAGUUUACAUUUGGAGAAGAUAAACACUGGAAACAACUUCUCCAAAUCCGAUUAGGAAUGUUUUUCAGUUUCAUUGAAGUUCAGGGGAUUGCUUGCUUCACUGACCUACAGUAGCCUAUUGUUGCAGGUGUCAAACUAAUGUCUGCUCUACUGGAAAGAGGGGACUACAGUCUAACCAUCCUGCUUUGCUCUUUAUUAUCAGCUUUCAUUUGUAUUUUUUCAUCCUAAUCCUCAAAUAAAGAACAGUGGAGUAAGAUUACUAUCCUGACUCAUUUUUCUUGUGUUGUGAACAGAUUCUGGCCUGUUCACUAACAAAUGCGAUGAAGAGCUGAGCGAGCUGAGGAAGAGUGUAGAGAGCGAUGAAGGCAAGUCGCCUGAGUCAUGCAAAGACGAUCAGCCCAAGAAGAAGCACAGACGCAACCGCACCACCUUCACUACCUACCAGCUGCACGAGCUGGAGCGUGCCUUUGAGAAGUCCCACUACCCUGACGUGUACAGCCGCGAGGAGCUCGCCAUGAAGGUCAAUCUUCCUGAAGUCCGAGUCCAGGUAAAAAAAAAUCAAGUUUUCUUGUUCUGUCAUAUUUGGCUAAGUAGAAUGAAGGCAUCUCCAUCACAGGGUGGAAGUUAUUCUGAGGAGCUGAACUGGUUGUUUCUCUAAAAGUGGAGGCGUUGUUCAGGAAAAAAUGAGAAUCUGUAAGCCUUUGGCUGGUGAGGAUUCAGGUUAGAAGAUUGGAAAAAACAGUUACACAAGAAAGAUGUAUGUUCCCAACGGUUAACACACAGUUUCAGUAUCAUAGAGAACUGUGAAAACAUCCAGGAGUAUUGGACAAACCUUGAUUCAGAGGAACACAUAGGCCUGGGUUGGGACAAUAUAUCAUGUCAGAGUCACCAAGAAGAGCUUGAUUGACCAGUCGAAGAAUUGGACAUCUAUUUCUAAACACAAUGGCAGUUUUUUAAGUUAUAAAGAAACAAACGGUUGCUUUUAAGAUACAUUUUGUGACCUUUUGGUGAUCUGAAGUUUUCUCAGUGAGUGGGAAAGAUCUUUUGUGGUUAACAAAUGACUAAAUGAGGAAACGUUUUAUAACAAAAUAACACCUGGUUGAAAAACAGUGAUUUUGCUAAUUACGUUGUCUGGGAGUUUAGCCUCAAGAAGUAUAACUACACUGAAAAACACUCUGUACUUGUGGUUUAAUAGGAUAGUGAUACAGGCAGGAUCCAGUAGUUUCAUGUGUUUGUAAUGACUUCAUUUAAAUGUUGCUUUAAAUCCAUGUCUGGCCUCUUUUUUGUUGGUUAAAAGCAAUCAUAGGCCAACAGACAAAGCAGUCCUUGCAUGCACAGGUUCAAACAUCGUUCUUCAUAUUCAGCAGCGUGAUUUCUCUGGUUUCCUUCUCCAGGUUUGGUUCCAAAACCGCCGAGCAAAAUGGCGUCGACAGGAAAAAAUGGACGCCAGCACAAUGAAGCUCCACGACUCACCCAUGCUGUCCUUCAACCGCUCUGCGCCUGUUCACACUAGUAUGGGCUCCAUGACCAACCCCCUUCCCUUGGACCCCUGGUUGUCUUCCCCCCUGUCCAGCGCCACACCCGUCCACAGCAUCCCAGGCUUCAUGGGUCCGUCUCAAGGCCUCCAGCCGAGCUACUCCAGCCACAGCUUCCUUAACUCUAGCCCUCAUCCUCAUCCUCCUCACCCUCAUCCUCACCCUCACUCUCACUCCCACUCGUCCAUGGGUCAGGGGAUGCAAAGUAUGGCUCCUCCGCCAUACCAGUGUCCUGCACCGUACUCUGAUAAAUACCCUUUGGAGGAUGUGGACCAGCGCAGCUCGAGUAUCGCUGCGCUCAGAAUGAAAGCCAAGGAACAUAUCCAGUCUAUGGACAAGACCUGGCAACCCAUGUGACCAAACAAACAUGGCAGACCGAUGGAGACGUUCCACUUGUUUUGAGAGUAUUUCGAGGAACAGACACGGACUAAAAUGAUGGAAAAUGAGAGUGACAUUUCUGUUACCUGUGAUGGAUUUUGAACUUUGAUAUCCGAGGGUUUUUGCUGAACUUUCCUUACAUAUUGUUUUUCUUUUUCUCAAGGACUAAAAGCAAAUAACUUAACUCCACAGCCUUGUUACGUUGUUAAAUCUUAACCAGACAUCUGUCCCUCCUCUGUGGUUUUUGUCCUGCCUUGGUUGCUGUUAAAAAUUCUGUCCUCUUUUCACCACAGGAUAAAGGAUAUUUCUUUUCUGGUUAAAAAACAUACAUUUCAAAGCUAACUGAGUGAACACCUUUGGUUGUUGAUUCAUAUUAACAAACAGCAGGAAAACAUAUCUUUAUGUCCUUUUUGAGGGCACAUUUGAGAUGAGCAAACAAUCCCUAUUUCAUGAGUAUUCUCAUCAUGAACACUGUGUUUUUAUCAACCAUCAGAUACUGAGUCAGCUGCCUUGAAGCGGUUCGUAUGCCCCUUUUCCUUUCCAUUUUUUACAAAGUUUGUGUUUUUAUGAAUUAAUCCAAUUGUCGUGUUUUCAUGGGUCAGCUAAUCUCUGAGAACCUCAUGAAUGAAAGUCCAGUCUGGGUUUAAUGUGAGCAGCUUUUAAAACUCAAUUCAUGAAGACACAUAGCAGUGCACCUCUCACUAACCUGUCGAUUCAUAUAAGCUGUUAUUUUGGUUUUCAGGUAAUAACCAGUUUAUAUUUGUGGGCCUUUUGUGUAGAUGCACUGGUUUGAAUGGAAAACAAGGACAGCAGUGACCAGUUUGGUCUGUUGUCAUUGGGGGAGGACAUUUCUCGAUAAUGGGGUCAGAAACUGUUGAAUGAGUACGAGUUUUAUGGGAACAUUCAUUAGAAUUAGAAAUAUGAUGGCACCUUUUAAAUAGACCACAGCUGAGAAUAAACCAAAAACAACUGUGCACAUUUACAACCCUGAUUUGUGCUGAGAUGCUUUAAAUGAGGAAGGGAGGGAGGAAAGGAGGUAUAGGAAGAAGAAAGACAGGCUGGUGAGCAGAGUAACCCUCUUUUUGCUUGAGUGGCUGUUGGAGGAGAAGACCUGUUGGCAGCUCAGUGUUGGGUGACUGCGUGUACGUGCAGGGCAGCAGAAAGAGCCCUGUGUGAUGCGUCACCCCACAUAGUUUAGUCUUUGUUCAGCACAAUUGAUCCAAGUGUAUCCUCUUUGUCUGAAACUGAAGGGGGUUUGGGGGGUGGCGGGGGGACUGCACUAAAGUGCAGGCUGCACUAAAUAGGCCCUUGUAACCAUUUUGUCAUUGAAAGUUUUCUUUUUUUUUCAAUCAAAGGAGAAGAAACCCAGAUUGUAGCUGCUAUGGUCAUUAGUGACACAGUAUCAGUCUUUUAGCAUCUGUUACAGAGUCAAGCUCUGGGUUACUUUUUAAACAUAAUGCUACUGUGAGGAGCUUUUGGCUGAUCGUGAAAAAGGCUGAAAUUUAACACCCACAAAAACAACAGCAACAACAAAAGACACGACUGCAGAAACAGGUUCCACUGCAAAACAUCACGAUGAGUGAUAUGUUUUACUGCUAAAGGAAAGUAGGAUGUGAUUUUCAUAUAAAAACCUUACCUACAAAUAUGCAGGACAUAUCAGUAAACAGAUAAGACACAAUUCUUUGUCUAUACGAGGCGCAAAAAUGAUAAAAUGCUCCUCACAGAACCUUUAACUAUAAUAAUGAGAGCUGUUUAGUUUAAUAACUUUGUAUUUGAGUCAAGGCGUACAGAUUGCAUCUCCAUACCUGACUAUACACUGACAGAAAAGUUAUACUAUAACCUCAUACUUGGACUGUUUUAAAAAAAUAGGUAGGGAAAACCUUCUUCUUUAAGUGCAAUUUUAAAAAAAACGCUUCUUUAUAUUCCCCCCAAAAUUCUAUUUAACCCAUGACAGCCCCUCAUGUGGUUUUAUUAUGUCACUUAUAAAUAACACGAAAUUAGUUGUCUGUCAUCAACAUCCCCCAAAAUUUUAAAAAAUUUAAAAACAAGAAAAAUAAGAAGUUGUUUCUUGUUCAGUUUAAAAUGUAUCGUCAUGCUGCUCAGAGGGUUAAAACACACUUUGACAUCCGCUGCUCGUCAUCUGUCCUCAUCUACUUUUAUAAUGUUGUUGAUUAGUGUAUUAAGGCUCCCUGUUGAACAAAGCCAGGACCUCGCUUCACCUCACACCACAGAGGAAAUGAGGAUUACCUUUCACAUUGAGAGUGUCUUUAGAAUAUUACAUAAAUGUGACUUGGGACCAAGAACAAGCCAAAGGUUAGCUAACAAACAAAAUGCACUAGAAGUUUAACAGUUUAGUGUUUUUUUUUUAUGUAAAAAGGUACAGGGUAUUUUUCUCGUAUGGCUGUUUUGUUUCUUACAUGUUCUAGUUUGAUCUUUCCCGUAGUGUUUUUCUUUCUUUAUUGACUUGUCUGGAUCAUUGAUGUCUGUGUUCUGGAGAAAAAGA